GAGUCUGUUGUACUAAGGUUUUGAACAAAACCUCAUCUUGUCUUCUUAAAAAAAGAGGAAAAAAGAAAAAGCAGUUGAUCUGUUUUCUGAAGGUCUCUCUCUGUAGGUCUCUCCCCUCCCCCAGAGAGGAAUGGCAAGGGGAGGAGCUCACUCACUGUUCUAACCGCGCUUCAUAUGUCUUAACUUGAGCACUUUUUGGUUUCCUGUCGGCAGUAAUUCAACUCUGUGCCAUCUUGACUUGCCUGAAGGGUGGAUAAAUUGGUAACUGCACUGAGAAGAGGAGUGAGUUCUCCCAGUCUGAUUUGGGCAUAAGGCACGAGACUGAAUUUAUGAAAGCUUUGGUAGCUUCUGAAGACAGCAUCUUUCUUCUGUGACUGAAUUUCUUCUUUCUAUUUGUGGGCUGUUGUUUCUGAGAAGAUUUUGUCAUGACUCUGCUGGAGCCUGAGAUGUUAAUGAUGGCUGUGCAGUCCGUGCUGCAGUUGAAGCUCCAGCAGCGCCGGACGCGGGAAGAACUGGUGAGCCAAGGGAUCAUGCCGCCUUUGAAAAGUCCAGCUGCAUUUCAUGAGCAGAGAAGGAGCUUGGAGCGGGCCAGGACAGAGGACUACCUGAAACGGAAGAUUCGUUCCCGGCCAGAGAGAUCGGAGCUGGUCAGGAUGCACAUUUUGGAAGAGACGUCGGCUGAGCCUUCCCUCCAGGCCAAGCAGCUGAAGCUGAAGAGAGCCAGACUGGCCGAUGACCUCAACGAGAAGAUCGCACAGAGGCCUGGCCCCAUGGAGCUGGUGGAGAAGAACAUCCUGCCUGUGGAGUCCAGCUUGAAAGAAGCCAUCAUUGUGGGCCAGGUGAAUUACCCGAAAGUAGCGGACAGCUCUUCCUUCGAUGAGGACAGCAGCGAUGCCUUAUCCCCUGAGCAGCCUGCCAGCCAUGAGUCUCAGGGCUCGGUGCCGUCACCCCUGGAAGCCCGAGUCAGCGAGCCACUGCCCAGUGCCACCUCCGUAUCCUCCACUCAGGUUGUGUCUCAACUCCCAGUGGGCCCGGAUUCUGGAGAAACGCUUCUCCCGGCAGAGCAGCCUCCUCUGCCUCCCAGCCUCACCAACGGGACUGCGGCCCCCACCACCAAGCCUACCCCCACGCUCAUUAAGCAAAGCCAACCCAAGGCUGCCAGUGAGAAGUCACAGCGCAGCAAGAAAGCCAAGGAGCUGAAGCCAAAGGUGAAGAAGCUCAAGUAUCACCAGUACAUCCCCCCGGACCAAAAGCAGGACAAGGGGGCGCCCCCCAUGGACUCCUCCUACGCCAAGAUCCUGCAGCAGCAGCAGCUCUUCCUGCAGCUUCAGAUCCUCAACCAGCAGCAGCAGCAGCACUAUAACUACCAGACCAUCCUGCCUGCCCCGCCAAAGCCGGCAGGUGAAGCUCUGGGAAGCAGUGGGGCCCCCCCAGUGCGCAGCCUCUCCACUACCAAUAGCAGCUCCAGCUCGGGCACCCCUGGGCCCAGUGGGCUGGCACGUCAGAACAGCACCUCACUAACUGGCAAGCCGGGAGCCCUGCCUGCCAACCUGGACGACAUGAAGGUAGCAGAGCUGAAGCAGGAGCUGAAGUUGCGCUCACUGCCUGUCUCAGGCACCAAGACAGACCUGAUUGAGCGCCUGCGUGCCUACCAAGAACAAGCCAGCCCUGCCCCGGGAGCCCCCAAGGCUCCUGCCGCCCCUUCCAUCCUGCCCAAGGCUGGCGAGGUGGUGGUAGCCUUCCCAGCCACCCGGCUAAGCACAGGGCCUGCCCUGGUGGCAGCAGGCCUGGCCCCAGCCGAAGUGGUGGUGGCCACGGUGACCAGCAAUGGAGUGGUGAAAUUUGGCAGCACGGGCUCCACACCCCCCGUGUCUCCCACCCCCUCAGAGCGCUCACUGCUCAGCACAGGCGACGAGAACUCCACUCCUGGGGACACCUUUGGUGAGAUGGUGACAUCGCCACUGACCCAGCUCACCCUGCAGACCUCACCACUGCAGAUCCUUGUAAAGGAGGAGGGCACCCGGGCCGGGUCCUGCUGCCUAAGUCCUGGGGUGCGGGCAGAGCUGGAAGGACGUGAUAAGGACCAGAUGCUGCAGGAAAAGGACAAGCAGAUCGAGGAGCUGACCCGCAUGCUCCGGCAGAAGCAGCAGCUGGUGGAGUGGCUCAAGCUGCAGCUGGAGCAGGAGAAGCGGGCCCAGCAGCCUGCGCCAGCCCCAUCCCCCACCCCGGCCCUGGUCACUCUUGGCCCCCCAGUGAAGCAGGAGAACAGCUUCUCCAGCUGCCAGCUGAGCCGGCAGCCCCCGGGCCCUGCUCACUCCUUCAGCCCCAGCCUGGCAGCCUCCACUGCCCACCAUGCAGACACUUGUGCCCUGGUGCCCCCGGCUGUGGUGGUGAAGCAGGAAGCCGUGCUACCCGAGCCUGAGCCGGCCCCCACCCCCCAGCUGCUUAUGGGCCCACAGGGCCCCGGCCUCAUCAAGGGGGUCACACCUCCCACCCUCAUCACUGACUCCACAGGGACCCACCUUGUCCUCACCGUGACCAAUAAGAAUGCAGACAGCCCUGGCCUGGCCAGCGGGAGCCCCCAGCAGCCCUUGUCCCAGCCUGGUUCUCCAGCCCCUGGCCCACCAGCCCAGAUGGACCUGGAGCACCCAGCACAGCCCCUCUUUGGGACCCCCACUUCUUUGCUGAAGAAGGAGCCGCCUGGCUAUGAGGAAGCCGUGAGCCAGCAGCCCAGACAGCAGGUGAAGAAGGAGAAUGGUUCCUCGAGCCAGCAAAUGGAUGACCUGUUUGACAUUCUUAUUCAGAGUGGAGAAAUUUCAGCAGAUUUCAAGGAGCCACCAUCCCUGCCAGGGAAAGAGAAGCCCCCGUCGACAGCGGCAUGCGCGUCACCCCUGGCCGCACAGUCUCCACCCUCCGCUGAGCUCCCCCAGGCUGCCCCGCCUCCAUCAGCCUCCCCUGCCCUCCCUGGGCGCCUGGAGGACUUCCUGGAGAGCAGCACGGGGCUCCCCCUGCUGACCAGCGGGCACGAGGGGCCAGAGUCCCUCUCCCUCAUUGAUGACCUCCACAGCCAGAUGCUGAGCAGCUCUGCCAUCCUGGACCACCCCCCCUCCCCCAUGGACACCUCGGAAUUGCACUUUGCCCCUGAGCCCAACAGCGUGGGCCUGGACCUGGCUGACGGCCACCUGGACAGCAUGGACUGGCUGGAGUUGUCGUCGGGUGGCCCCGUGCUCAGCCUGGCCCCGCUCAGCACCACGGCCCCCAGCCUCUUCUCCACAGACUUCCUCGAUGGCCACGACCUGCAGCUGCACUGGGAUUCCUGCUUGUAGCUCUCAGGCUGCAGAGCCGGGGGACGGGCAGGCCUGGAAGUUGGGGAGCCUCAGGAACUCUUCGGAGCUCUCCUCUCUGCUGCCUGCCCAGCCUCUGCGCGUGGUCGUGAGUCCUGACAAUCACGGGCCUUGCUUCCCCUCCCUGGGAGGCCGGAGCAGGGCGUCCCUACACCUGGCUCAGGCUCACUGAGGAGAGGAGUUGCCGAGCAGCAGCUCUGGGUCCCCUCCGGGGUCUGGGAGGCCCGCACAGACCAGGGGCAGUCUACCUGACCUCCUUGUGUGAGGUCGGAGGUGCAGUGUCUGGCUGCAGUUUGCUCAGGCAGGUGAGGCCCAGGGCUGAGGCGAGGGCGCGAAUCUCCUUCCUUCUCUCCCCGCUUCCCUGCGAGGGAAGAAACUAGCUGGGCCUCCACCUCUCCGUUCCCCAUGAUGCCAACCCCCAGGCUCCCAGGUUCCCUGGGAGGGGGCUCCCUGCCAUUUUAGUGUCUUGAGUAGUGUAACCCUUUAGUAGUUGGUGGAAACGUUUUCUGUACAGGUGUAUAUACCUCUAUAUUAUAUAUCGCCAUACAUAUAUAUGCAUAUAUUUUUGGGGUGGGAGGUGGCUGCAGCUCCCUCCCAUCCUACUGUGCACAUAGUGGGGCUGGACGCCGCUUACCCGGCCCCACCCAUCACGUGUGUUUGACAUGUAGACACCCCGCCACAGCCUGUACCCCACCUGUCCUGCUUCCUGCUCCUUAUCAGUGCCACGAGGGCAGACAUGCUUCCUGGCCACCUGCCCACAUUCCGUCCCACUGCCUCACUGCAGCCACCAAGGCCCUGGGACAGAAGGGAUGUUGGCCCCGUGGUGGGGCAGAGGUGGCCCUCAAGCUGUGGCCUCCUCCUGCCUCGGGCCUGGCCUCCCUUCUGGCCUGUCACUCAUAAAGGAUUAGGGAUGGCGUCACCAAAACCAGUGCUGGGAGCGAGGUGGGAAGCUGUGUGGACUUUUUAAAAUAAAAAACAAAAACACCGA